AUGAGAAACACGAAUCCUAUUUUAUACGGUCACCGGUGGAGAUCGUCAAAAGCUUUCCUCAUUACCGUCGGUGUCGUCAGUUUGUUUUCAGAGAAAUUUCUAUAUGGGUUCAUUGUUCCCAUUUUGAAGUAUAUGCUUGAAGAUCGCCUUGGACUUGUUUCCACCCGCACCCAAAAGCUCACCACCGGUCUUCUUGCCACCCACGGACUCUGCUCUCUGGUCGGGGCACCUGUUAUCGCGCAUUUCGCGGACAAAAUAACGGACAGAAAAUACUUGCUUCUCUCUUCUCUCGUGGGAUGUGCCCUUGGCACCUUGCUUGUGGCAACUACACCAUCACUUUGGGCACUCUUUCUUGGACGAGUCAUCCAAGGCUUUUCUGGAUCUGCGACAUGGAUUUCUUCAUUCGCGAUGAUUAUGGAUAGCAUGAAGCCAGAGCGUAUGGGUCAGACCCUAGCAUUGGCCAUGUCUUUCGUGAAUGGCGGUGUACUUGCAGGCCCAGCAGUAUCCGGCGCCUUAUAUCAAGUGGCUGGGUAUUGGCCCGCUUGGUCCGUACCAUUUACUCUUCUGGGGCUCGACUUCUUUGCCCGAAUGGUAAUGAUCGACAGAAGACGUGGACUAACCCAGCCUGCAUCAUCCCCAAAGUUGACGGCGACUCCAAAGGUCCAGGGACAGGGGCAAGGCAUCGGCCUACUUUCACCCCAAAUAAAUGACCACGAAAACGCAAAGUACAGUCCGGGCCAGCCUUGCGGGGAGCGAUUAGAGAGUGCUGAUGGCCAGAAAGCACCGGAUACAAGCCCCGAUCAAGCUAAAAUAUCGAGCCUGAGGUUAUACCGCGUUUUGCUGGUAGUUCCUCGAGUUUUAGUCGGACUGGUGCUUACAUUGGGCCAGUCGAUUAUUUUUGCUGCUUUUGACACCACGUUGCCUCUUUACCUCCACGAAACCUUCCACUGGGGAACUUUGCCCGUGGGGAUGGUGUUUCUUGGAAUCCAGGGGCCAUCCAUCAUCCUAGGUCCUCUCAUUGGCGGCCUUCGCGAUCGUCUGGGACUGCGAUACCCUACCACCAUAGGGUGGACCCUUGUAGUACCAGCCCUAUGGCUGGUUGCGACUCCAGGGCAGCAUGUAUUUCCAUGGAUUCCUGCCGACUCUCAUGGAGAAGCUGUUACGAUAACCAGUAUCGUUGUGGCUGGGUUUGGAUUUUUAUUAGUCCGCGGGGCCGGAGCUUUCCAAUUGAUUGCCGUCACCAAGGAGAUUGAAAAUAGGACCCCAAAUUUAUUCGGGCCGCAUGGUGCGAACUCCAGAAUUUCGGCUAUGAUGGAGGUCUCGUCCAAUGCAGGCAUGGUCAUCGGGCCUCUUAUUUCCGGCGGUCUCUCCGAAGCAAUUGGCUAUUACUAUAUGAAUUGUGUGAUGUCAAGCAUCGCUUUCAUAAUUGCCAUUCUGUCUCUAAUUUACCUCCAGGGGUAG